UUGGGGGAAAACUUAAAGUUUUCAUAAUAUAUAUUCUUUCGUCUCGAGAGAAACACGAGGCGUGGGUGGUUAGGGCUACUACUACUUUUGGUGAAAUUUAUUUGGGUCGGUAACCAGUCCGGCAAUGACAUACUCCGGUAGACAUCCCGGGCUUUUAUUUGAGGAUCAAAGAUCCUUUGGUGGUCGUAGUAGUAGUUACCUAAUUUACCCUUGGACAAUGUCCCUUGUGAGUAGGUGGUAGAAAACAUCCUGCCUACUUGGGUUUCUUACUACUCGGAGGGCUUGGAAUCCCUUUUAGAGGGUCAGAGUGCACCCACCUACACAGCAACAAGAAGGGAGGAGGAGGAGAGAUGACCAAGGUGGAAGAAAUUUCCACGGUCAAAACCAACAAAAUGAUCGAAGAGUUUCUCCCAGAGAUAGACACUUCUACUGCAAGAGGUGCGGGAGAGAUCAUCCCGGUGUUAAUUGCGAUGGAAGCCUGACAAAAUGUUUCAAUUGUGGGAAGCUAGGGCACCGAACCUUCGAGUGUCUCUCAAAGACCAAUGGGGCACCAGUGCACCAGGUGCAAUACCGUGAUGGAGGAAGGCCAGAUAUGAACCAAGCUGGGCCAAAUGGAGGACAAAAUAACAACAACAAUGCCGCCUCCAACAACAACAACCGCAACCCUCGAGGAGGAGGGGGAGAAUAAUCGUGGCAAUGGCAAUGGCGGGAACAAUGGCAACGGCGGGAAACAACGGCAACCGUCCGAACCAAGGGCGAAUCAUGGUGAUGAAUCAGGCCCAAGCCAAUGCUAAUGAUGUGGUUUCAGGUACAUUCCUUGUAAAUUCUGAGCCUGCUUAUGUUCUAUUUGAUUCUGGUGCUUCUCACAGUUUCAUAUCUUCUAGUUUCGUUAAGAAAUUGAAGAUUGAACCAACGGCUAGAAUAGACUUGAAUGUAAGAACUGCCUCAGAUAAAUUCGUAACUUGUGGAAAUGUAUACUCCAACAUUUCCAUACUCAUAUCCGAAUCCAACCUACCUGGAGAUUUAAUCCAAUUUGACUUAAAAGAUAUAGACAUAGUGCUGGGCAUGGAUUGGUUGGGGAAAUACAAAGUCAGGAUCCUCUGUGAUGAACAGAAGGUGAUCUUGAAGGGUCCAAAUGGGAAGCGAAUAUCUUACAAAGCAAUCACAUCCAAGCCUAGUAUGAGGCUGAUGACUAUGCAACAAUUAAGGCGACAUAUCCGAAAGGGGUAUGAAACAUACAUGUGCUUUAUGAAAGAGGUGAAUACAGGGGAGCCAAACAUUUACCAAAUUGCCGUAGUAAAUGAAUUUCCGGAUGUAUUUCCGGAAGAGAUUCCAGGGAUGCCACCCGAGAGAGAAGUUGAAUUCUCAAUUGAGCUGAUGCCCGGAACCGCGCCAAUUUCAAAAGCACCUUACCGGAUGGCACCGAAAGAAAUGCAGGAGCUGAAGGAACAACUAGAGGAGUUGUUAGAGAAGGGGUACAUAAGACCGAGUGUCUCACCUUGGGGCGCUCCGGUCUUAUUUGUCAAAAAGAAAGAUGGGAGUCUAAGGCUAUGCAUCGAUUACCGAGAGUUGAAUCAAGCAACUAUCAAGAACAAGUAUCCAUUGCCCCGAAUUGACGACUUGUUUGAUCAAUUGAAGGGGGCUAGCACAUUCUCUAAGAUAGACUUGCGCUCUGGAUAUCAUCAAGUGAGAAUAUCCGAAAAAGAUGUACCAAAAACAGCAUUCCGCACGAGGUAUGGACACUACGAGUUCAUUGUGAUGCCGUUUGGUUUAACAAAUGCACCGGCGGUAUUCAUGGACUUAAUGAACCGUGUAUUCCGACCUUAUCUUGAUACAUUUGUGGUGGUAUUCAUCGAUGAUAUUCUUGUGUAUUCAAAAACCCCGGAGGAUCACGAGAAACACUUGAGACUCACGUUACAAACUUUGAGAGAGAACCAGUUGUAUGCCAAACUCUCAAAGUGUGACUUCUGGCAGGAUCGGGUAGCGUUCUUGGGUCACAUCAUCACCCAGGAAGGCGUAUCCGUAGAUCCAUCGAAGAUUGAAGCGGUGGUUGAAUGGCGUGCACCUACCUCGGUCACAGAGGUAAGAAGUUUCUUGGGUCUAGCGGGAUACUAUAGGAGAUUUGUUAAAGAUUUCUCCAAGAUAGCAAGACCGCUAACCAAUCUGACAAAGAAGACAACCAAGUUCCAAUGGAAUGAAGAUUGUGAAGCAGCAUUCCAAGAGUUGAAGAAAAGACUCACAACUGCACCGGUCUUGACACUACCGUCAGGGACGGAGGGAUUUGAUAUCUAUAGUGAUGCAUCCAAAAAGGGGUUGGGGGUGUGUGCUAAUGCAAAAUAGGAAAGUGGUGGCUUAUGCAUCAAGACAACUAAAGGUGCAUGAAGUCAAUUAUCCUACCCAUGACCUGGAGUUAGCUGCAGUAGUGUUUGCUUUGAAAAUCUGGAGACAUUACCUAUACGGAGCACAUUGUAAGAUAUACACUGACCACAAAAGCUUGAAGUACAUAUUCACUCAAAAAGAGCUUAACAUGAGGCAAAGAAGAUGGCUCGAGCUUAUCAAUGAUUACGAUCUAGAAAUCCAAUACCACGAGGGAAAAGCUAACGUGGUGGCGGAUGCUUUGAGCCGGAAAUCUGAGCACUCAUGCCGAGCAACAUGGAUAUUACCAGAAGAACUAUUCCGAGACUUCCAAAGAUUGAGCUUGGAAGUAAAGCAAUAUGGCGAAGUAGAUGGUGAAAUACAGUUAUGUACUAUGACUGUUAUACCAUCUAUCUUUGACGAAAUCAAGAACGGACAACCGGGAGAUGUAAAGCUCGAAAGAAUCAAGGUAGGAAUGAAAGAUGGCGUCAACGGACCAUUUAAGGUACAUGAAGAUGGGAGCAUCCGAUACAAGGGAAGGUGGUGUGUUCCACUGAAGUGUACAGAUAUUAAAAAACAAAUCAUGGAGGAGGGACACAACACGCCCUACUCGGUACAUCCCGGGGGAGACAAACUAUACAAAGACCUCAAAAAGAACUUUUGGUGGCCGGGAAUGAAGAAAGAAGUAGCUGAAUUUGUAUCCCGAUGUUUGAACUGCCAAAAAGUCAAAGCGGAGAGAUGCAAACCCAAGGGACUCGUGCAACCCUUGGAAGUACCAACAUGGAAAUGGGAUUCAAUCUCAAUGGACUUUGUCGGGGGUUUACCUUUAACAAAGUCCGGGAAAGAUAAAAUUUGGGUGGUAGUGGAUAGAUUGACCAAAACUGCAAGGUUCAUUCCUAUGAAUGAAACCUGGAGCAUGGAGAAACUGGCAAAAGCCUAUGUCAAACACGUGGUCAAACACCACGGAGUACCUCAAGACAUCGUAUCAGACCGAGAUUCACGAUUCUUAUCCCAAUUUUGGAAAGAAUUACAAACGGCUAUGGGAACAAAAUUGAAGUUAAGUACUGCUUUCCAUCCAACCACGGACGGACAGACCGAAAGAACAAUCCAAACAUUAGAAGACAUGUUGAG